AGUGUGAUAUAUGAUAUAUAGGUCAAAGUAUUAUAUUACCUCGCGAUUCCCUGGGAACGAAAGUGAACAACAUGGCGGAAAAAACAAACGUUUUUAAACGUGAAUUUUAACAAAUUUUCCAAUUCUUCGAGCGAUUUACAGCGUUCAAGUGUAUUUCAAAAGCUAGUGUAAAGGUUUGAGUUGAUAUCUUCUCAAAUUUGUUGGCGAAAUGGACAAUGAAAUUGCAAAAAAACUCUUCUAUGAGGGAGCGAUACUAGUUUGUUUUGAUGUCCCAGAAGGGACAGAAUUUGGAAUAGAUUACAACUCAUGGAACGUUGGCCCGAAAUUCAAAGGAGUAAAAAUGAUCCCACCAGGAUUUCAUUUUGUAUUUUACGCUGCAGUGGGUCGGAGCGGGCAGGUUGCCCCAAGAACGGGAUUUUUUCAAUAUUUUAAACAGAAAGAAAUUGUUGUAAAAAAAUGGGAUCCAACAAUUGAGGACCUGGUAGAUCAAGUUAUGUCUGAUGAAGAGAUGGAAAGGUUAAGGGCUGGUAAGAAUGGGCCAUUCCAUUUAAUAUAGCCCCCCUCCCCACCCAUAAUUCUUUAAAUUUUGGGUGCACAAUUUUCAAACUUGCCAGUCAGGGAUAUUUGAGCCAGACUGGAAAGUUUGGAAAUUGCGCGCCGGAGAUUUCGAAAAUUUAAUAAUAAAUAUAUGUGUUAUUUCUCAAAUACCAGUGUGGAAAGUUUGUAUUGCGCGACGGAUAUCUCCGGCGUGCAAUUUUGAUCUUUCUAUAUAUUUACUAUUAAAUUUUCGAAAUCUCUGGCGCGCAAUUUCCAAACUUUCCAGUCUGGCUCAAAUAUCCCUGACUGGCAAGUUUGAAAAUUGUGCACCCAAAAUUUAAAGAAUUUAAUAGUAAAUAUAUAGAAAGCAUCAACAUUUCCACACUGGCAAAUAUUCCCUUAGGUUAGGAUAAAAAAAUUGGGACCCUUUGGAAAAAAACCCCAGACCUCUCAACAGAGGGGGAGGGGGUACACAUAUUAAAUGAAUAUAUAACACAUAAUAUAUUCACUGUCACAAGGGGGUGCGCAUGGGCUGACCUUUCUUUUUAUGACGUCAGAUGCUGAAAAGCAAGUGUGAUAUCCCAAGUAGAGCUGUGCAAACUCCGGUUAUUUUAGCACCGGCUCCGGCAGUCAAAGCUCCGGGUCUGGCUCCAUAUUUAAAAGUGGAAGCAGGCGAAAGUAUUUCAGUGUAAUUUCAGACUUUAUCUUUUUUAAAAACCUUUUUACAACACUAUUAAUAGUAAACCACAUAGUAAUAUAUAGUAAAACAACAUAUAAAUAGUAAUAUAUUAGUAAACAACAACUUAAUUUUUCCAUUUUAUGCCAAAUGUUUGUUGAAAUAUGAAAUAAUUUUUCGUAAUUUUGUCUGCCGGAGUUUUCCGGCUCCGGCAAAAUAUGCCGGAGCUCCGGCUCCGGCGCACAGCUCUAAUCCCAAGGGCCCAUUUUUAGUGACAAUUUGCAAUGCAAAUGUUUUUUUGGCUCGCCAACAACUUGAAUUGUUGUGAAUCAUCACUAAGUUGUUGCUAAAUUGUCCUGGACAUCGCAUAAAUUGUUUUUCUGUGUUUGAUAUCUGUUUCGCAUCUACGCCAACCGGGGAGACGCUACUUUGUUUGAAGCAAAUCACAUUGAAAUACCCAAAUCUGUUUUCUCUUUCUGCACUAAUACUUUAUUUUGUAAAUAGUCAACUAUAUAAAUCAAGCAAAAUUACAGCUAUUACAACAACUCAGAUAUACUGAUAAUUGAAGGUUGCAGCAAGACUGACUUACAAUUUGUGAGGCAUAAUCUGAGUAUCCUUGCCUUUUCCUAAGUUAUUAUUUUUAAGUUUUUUGUUCACUGUCUUUAACAUAACAAGUUCGCUUUUUUAGUUUCUUUCUUUCCAAUUCCGCGAAGCUUCCUCGCCGUUUCACUUCCUCCGUCCCACUCCCCUCUCAACACCGGCGAUCGCAAUAUCUUAACAAUAUCAUUAGUUGGUUAAAAUAGCUACAAGUGACAAAGGCCUUUGUUUUUAAUGUCAAAGUUUUAGUUAGUUCAGACCAGUGAACUCCAUGUCUUUUAUCUGGAACGAUAACAUGCGGGAGAAAUGUGAAGCCAGUGCUAACACCACUUCACGCCAACGCCAUCCUGCUGACGCGCGCUGAUUCGUGAUAGGCCGUGCGGUGAUGGCGUAUAAGGGGACUGAAACUGACAUACUAUAUGGUGUGGCAAUCUCGUUCCCCGAGCCUGCGAUCCUCGGGAAGGAACGCGAGGCUCUGGGAUAAUCCGUUUCAGGGAGGAAUCUGAUUGGCCAUUGAAAUGGAAUGCGUAGUUCAAUCUUAGCCAGGAUUCUUGGCUUCCGGUAACGGAUUAUCCCAGAGCCUUCGAUUCCUUCCCGAGGAUCGCAGACUCGGGGAACAAGAUUGAUGGUGUGGCAAUUGACUGCGCAGUGAUGACGUAUAUAGGGACUGAAAUACUAUAUGGCGUGCAAAUGGCAGGGAGGGCUAAUGCCACUGCUCACAUGUUGCUCACGCGAGGCUUCACUUUUCAACUGCCAAAUGACUGAAUGUUAUCGUUCCAGGUAAAUAGAUUGAGUUCACUGGUUCAGACACAAACAAACAUGUAGUGUGAAUCACAAGUUUUCUAUUUCAGACCUGGAAAAUCUUGACCAGAACUUGGGAAAGUAUCCCUAUGAAAGCCUGAAGAAAUGGGUUUCUCUAUCGGGUCACGUCACAGAGUCCAUCAUGACACAAAUUGAACCUGUUUGCAAGAGGAUUUCCUCUCUUACUGAGGUGACACAGGAAAAUCUUGUGGAUGGCGAGAGAAGCAAAGGUGGGGGUGAAAUCAGAACAGUUGCAUGUGAUACAACAUUGCGGUUCACCCCUCUACCCUUCAGAGAUUUUCCUGUGGGUGCGUCACCUGCACAAAUAACUAAAUUGUCAAUGGACAAAAGUCAAGUGUUGGAAGAAAUCAUGGCUAAGUCUACAGGUUUGUUUUCACAUAAAAUUUUCAAUAAAAUAUUAGUGUGAAGAAGGGUGAUCCAAACACGUUCCUAUGUGUAUUAUUAUUUAGUUAUUCAGUUGCAUUGCACCCCAAUACACCCGACUUUAUUAUUUGAAUCCAUCUAAUGCCAGACAAUUUUACUCGUCAAGGGGAGAGUACUGGUUCUCAACGUGUUAACCAGACCAUCUGCCCAUGGAUCUAGUUAACCCAUUGAGUUGCACUGUGCCACAAUGCACCUUACUUUAAUUAUUUUUUUACUCUGUGUCCAAUACUCCAAUGUCAGAUUAUUAAACCGGUUAGAUACAUGUGUAUAUGUCAUGUUAUUUUGGCCCCAUCAUACAUCUUCACCAUUUGUAAUAAUCGAGUCUACAUGGAUGAAUCCAACCCACGCUGUGAAAAUAAUUGACGCAGUAAUGAAAGUUGAAAUUAAGGUGAAACAAGCACUACCAAUUUUUUUCAAACAGUUAAAGAUAUCCUUGGUGAGCUUCAGUUGGCAUUCAUCACAUUUCUGGUUGGCCAAGGUAGAUGUAGAAUUUGUUUUAUAGUCGGUAAUAUACACAGCUACCUUCCUAGAAGUCAUACAUUUUGCAAAAACAUUUCUCUUGUAAUUUGCCUACUUGUUUAACUUAAAUACUUUGAUGUUUCAGUUUAUGACGCAUUUGAACAAUGGAAGAACUUGAUCCGCUUGUUGUGUUCAUGUGUAGAUGCAGUGGACAAACAUCCUGAUGUCUUUGAAGCUUUCAUAGGUUGGGAUUCAUUUUUCUAAAGUAAUUUUUAUGGCAGUUCCUAAUUAUUUCAUUGCCUAAAAGUGUAUCCUAGGCUUGUUUUAUUAAGCAAACAUUCCUGAAAUAUUAUGUGAUGUUUAAUUAAACUAAAGCCCCACUCAAACGAGGAUGAUGGCAGUCACGCAUUGUCACAGGGGACAUUUCAAGGUCUAAAUUAACAAAAUAAAGUUUGGUGAAUGUUCCAACUACAUUUUAACUUAACUGGAAUACAUGAUAGUGUUGGGAAAGCAUUAAAAACAGCUGACCAUGGUCGUGUGACUGCCAACUCUCAUGCACUCCCAUCUUUUUUUUUCAGGCUUAAGUAUAUAGUUUUAUGAUUAUAAUUGAGCGUCAUGCAGUCACAUGACUUGUGAACAGUGCAGGUUUUCUCUGGUUUACCUUACCAACGGCACUGGACCUAGGGGGAACAAGUUAGAACUGAUGGAGCUAUCUGGUAUAAGCGAAGGUAGUUUAGUUUUGCUGUCCUCCUGUAGUAACACUUGAUCAAUCAGGAAUGAUCAUUACUGGACCUUUAGAGAGAACAUUGUAGAACCGAUAAAGCUACUAUAUCCAGUAUAAAUAAAGUUAGUUUUAAUAUACUAGGUUUCCUCCUGUAGUAACACUGGGAUGACCCUCGCUAGACCUCCAGGGAGAACAGUUUUGAACUGAUAGAGCUAUCCAGUAUAAGUAAAGUUAGUUUUAAUAGUUUAGUUUAAGUUUCCUCCUGUAGUAAUACUCGAUCAAUCAGGGAUGAUCCUUACUGGACCUCGAGGGAGGACAGUUUAGAAUUGAUAGAGCUAUCCCAUAUAAAUAGUGUCAGUUUAGUUAGGUUUCCUCCUCUAAUAAUACUGGACCAUCACUGUAAGAACAGUGUAUUUAGUGGUGCAAAUUUGGCAUGAACAGCCCUACCAAUUUUGAUUAUUUUCUACCAUUGCUCAAAACCGAAAGAAGACGUUUGAAAGUAAAAAUAAACACUGACAGCAGUUAACAGUAAAGAAUAUGAGCUUAAUAUCUUUCGCCACUUUUUAUCAUUUCGUGUUUAUGUUUGUUUGAUGUUGAGUGUUUAAUGCGACUCAUAUUCUUACCUUGUCAUUCAAAAUUUUUGAAUAAAACGUAUUAGAAAUCAGAUUAAAUAACAUGUACUUGAUAGCGUGCGAAAUGCCAGGUGUUCAACUGUAUAUGAUAAUGAACCACUUUGAAAUGUCAUGAUUCAAUGAGACAUUUUAGUAUCAAUGUCAAAAAGGAAUGUUAUUACAUUCUAUAAGCUUGCUUACAGUAUCAGAUACAAUCUAAUGUUUAUUCCUUAUACGGCCGUUUCUUUUUGAAGGUGUUGCCUUUUCAAUAAAACUUUAGUUGAUAUAGGGAUGCAAGUACCUGAAAAAUACAAGGAGAACUUCGCCGAAUGAAGGCAGGUAAUGGACCAUUCCCCAAUUAACCAAAAUUUUGAUCUCAACAAGUCUAGACAAAAUUCCAUCAUAGCAUGAAAGAGCAUCACAAAAUUAGUAAUAUUCCAAAGUUUCGUUGCGACAUGUUGUAAAAUGCGGAUAAUAUAGCCUUGCGAAAUUUGCAAUUUUCAGUCAUUUUAGAUUACAAACGGGAAACGGUUACCAUUUUUCCAAAAUUUUGAUCUUAACUAGCGUAAACAAAAAUUUCAUCACAGCUCGAAAGAGCAUCACAAAAUUAGUAAUAUUCCAAAGUUUCGUUGCAAAAUGUUGUAAAAUUCGGAUAAUAUAGCCUUGGCACUUGCGAAGUUUGUAAUUUUCAGUCAUUUUGUAUUACGCACAGAAGUGGUAACCAUUUCCCGUUUGUAAUCUAAAAUGACUGAAAAUUGCAAACUUCGCAAGGCUAUAUUUUCCGCAUUUUACAACAUUUUGCAACGCAUUUUACAACAUUUUGCUAAUUUUGUGAUGCUCUUUCAAGCUGUGAUGAAAUUUUUGUCUAGACUUGUUGAGUUCAAAAUUUUGGUUAAUUGGGGAAUGGUCCAUUGCAUCCCUAUAUAUCAACCGUCACCGAAGUUUUGUUGUUGGCCUAACCUACACAGACACAGACCCCAUGUUCCACCAGGCAAUCAUUUGCAAUGCAAUGUCGGAUAUAUUAUAGCUAGGGCAUGUUAAAAAGUGUUAACAGAAAAUCGGUGAGCAUGGGCAGCAUCUUACUUUUCUGUUAUUUUUCAUUCUCAAUCAUCAGGUGCAUCUCAGAAAAUUAGAAUGUCUUUGGAAACAUUUCCUUGCAUAUAUUUUAUUCAAGAAGUGAAACUUUUAUUGUCAGCAAAUCAUUAUAGAAUAUAGUCAUUACAUGUAAAAAUAAAAUAUUUGUAGUUUAACAUGUGGCUUAACAUCAUAUACUACAAUACAAUCAUGUGCACAGACUAGUUAAACUUGAUGUUCACAGCGAAAGCCCUCACCUACAAGAAAUUGUUAUUGACCAACUCCUGAUGGAGAGCCUUAUUUCGAAACAUCCGAGACAAAGUGUUUUUAAUCAGAUAGUAUAUUAGUUCAGACACAAAACACGGCGGUUUAUGCAUGGUUUUUCUCUCGUUUAGGUGUCAUCCAUUUUCAACUGUUGGAAACGCCACAAGAUUUUUUCGUUGACAUUGUGUCCAGGAAUAAUUUCUUGGUCGAUAAUUUACACGUAAGUAUUUUGCUUGUGAUGUUACUCUGAGUGUAUAUCCACACUGGGCAAGCUUGAAAAAUAUGCCUGACCACGGUGGGAAUCGAACCUACGACCUUUGGAAUAGUAGCCCAAUGCUCUACCAACUGAGUAGCCCAAUGCUCUACCUUCGAUAUCUACCGCGUAGCUCAGUUGGUAGAGCAUUGGGCUAGUAUUCCAAAGGUCGUAGGUUCGAUUCCCACCGUGGUCAGGCAUAUUUCUCAAGCUUGCCUGGUGUGGAUAUACACUCAGAGUAACAUCACAAGCAUCUUAUUCACCUGAGUACACUACACCAACACAGAAAAUAUCACGUAAGUAUUUGUUGUUGGUAGGGAUGUAACUACCUAAAAAAAUAUAAGGAGAAUUUCGACGUUUCGAGCGAAGGCCCUUCGUCUUCGGAACUCCAGACGAAGGGCCUUCGCUCGAAACGUCGAAAUUCUCCUUAUAUUUUGUAGGUAGUUGCAUCCAUACGAACGAAAGCUUGUUCAUGUUAUUGGCACUACUGACCUACACUGGCACAGACAGUUCAAAAUAAUGGUUAUAGUAUGCCUUUCAUCUUGUGACCAGGCUUGGAUUCCUGAUUUGAUUCCAGGCCUCAUUAUAGUACACGCAUUGAUCUCGUGAUUUUACCUCUGUCGUAAAGAUAGCAUGCUUCCAGUUUGACUCUAUGCCAAACGGCUUAAAGUGCUUAUGAAACGAAAUUUUUGCCUCAUUUUUUAUUGUCUUAUUAAAAGGUACUGCUUAAAUGAUGAAGAAUGACGUUUACAGUUUGUUCGUAUCUCCUCUCAUUCCCAAGUUAUCGCACUUUCUAUAUUUUGAGUUGUGACGUCACUAGUUUGACUCAAAAUAGUGGCAAUAACAAGAAAAUCUGAUAUCUUGAUGAUCAUUUAAGAAAAUUAAAUGAAACUUGGCACACUUAGUGGGUGCAACGAAGUGAACAAUUUGGCUUGUUUAUAUGGUUGUUAUGGCAACACACUCGUCCCCAGUCCCUUCUCUUCCAAUUUCUAUAUGAUCCAUUUCCAACGAAAUAAAUAGUAAUUUCUGCAAUUGUCGCUUAUUACUAUAAUAAGUGUAGGUGUUGUGAUCAGUUUAAACCGUUAUAACAUGCAAACAUCCUCUGCAAAAGGUCUACAGGAGGAAAUUCGUGAAAAAGAAGAGAAGAGACUGGGGACUAGUGUGUUGCCAUGACAACCACAUGACCUGCCAAAAAUAUUCAUAUGGGUGCACCCACUAAGUGUACCGAGUUUCAUUGAAUUUUAUUAAAUACUCACUAAGAUAUCAGACUUUCUUGUUAUUGCCAUUAUCUCAAGUCAAACUAGUGACGUCACAACUCGAAAUUUAUAAAGUGCGAUAACUUGAGAAUGAGAUAAGAUAUGAAGAAACUGUAAACGUCAUUCUUCAUCGCUCUAGCAGUACUUUUUAGCAAAACAAUAAAAAAUGAGGUGAAAAUUUCGUUUCAUAAGCACUUUAAGUUAUUUCUGGUUUCCCUCUCUAGUAACAUUGGGCUGAGUUGGAUUUAGAACUGAUAGGAGUCUUCAUUUGUUAAACCUAUAUAUAUAUAUAUAUAUAUAUAUAUAUAUAUAUAUAUAUAUAUAUAUAUAUACAUACAUGCGGUAACUUUUUCUAAUUUGAUAAGAUGUCGCGACGAAAAGUUCGUUGUUUUAUUUGAGUACAGUUGAACAGUUGUACUUGAAACUCAAAGUGGUUUGUUGUUUUUACUUGUAAUGAGUGUGGGAAAAUGGCGAAAACAGUCUCCCGAAAACAGUCAACUUUUUUAUAAGCAUGCAAGAAUAUAUAUAAACUCAAGAGAGUUUUGACUUGCUUUACACACCUAGAACUUAAUCUUCUUACAGCACACGUAUAAAACCAUUGAGGCAUUGACAUACUUUGCAAACAACACUUCAAACGCUUUAAACGUUACGUUGGUCUUUCAGCUCCCGACAGCUGAUCGUGUUUGUAGGCCAGUGAAAAUUGACACUGAGCGACCAGCCAGAUAUUUAAAGAUAUUUUAUAUAUAUUUAAAGAACCAACAGAUUCGUUUCCAGUUUCGUCCUGUAGUAACACUGGGCCAGUAAUAGAUGACCAUUACAUGACUUCUGGAAGAAAUGUUUAUGACUGAUAUAGUAUCCGGUCCAAAUAAAGUUAUAGUUUAUGUUUAGUUUAAUUGCAAAGUGACGAUGAGUAAAGAUGUUUAUUGUUUUUGUCACAGACGUUUUUCAUGACCGUUCAAGACUCGGCGGUGUCUGCCAAGCUCAAACGGAAAACUCAAAAGUUCAAGGAAUACUUGACGAAGCGUUUUCAGUGGAAUUUUGACGAGGAACCGGAGGAAGAUGCCCCUGUCGUAGUGGAAACACCAUGAUGAGUGGAGAUAGAAUAGAUUUGAUAAGGUUCGUCUCGAUUCAUAAUCUUCAUAUAGUGUAUAGAUGAUUUUUAUUUCAACCCAAUAUAGACCUGCAUGGGCUAAGCCUAAGAAAAAGUUGACACAAGUUGAUUUUAUACCAGGGGCCGGCUGCAUAAAACUCUUUAGACUUAACUACAUUUUACCCACUAUUUUGUAGUUAAAUAGUAUAGUUAACUUAAAAUACGUGGUUGCGUCUAAACUAUCUGUAAAAGAUUCGAAUGAAUUGGAGGUUUCCAGCGAAGGUCGUUCGUAAGCAGAUUAAUAGCCACUAUAUACUAAAGCCCGUUUUCCACUAGCAAAUUCGCUCGCGCGAAGCGACUUUUUCCUUUUUGUCGGCGUCGCUUUUGCUGACGUGAAAAAGGAUGCCGACAAGUUGGGAGUUUAAGCUUCACGUUUCCGGGAACGGCAAACGGCAGGUUCGAACUUUCUUGACAAAAUUUUCGUUGAAGGUUUUUCGUUUCAUAUCUUCUUUCUUGCGUCGAAAGAAUAAUUAUGUGUUUCAGUUUUAAAACAGCAAGUUUACUCUUUAUUGCCUGAUACCGUAAAAUGUUUCCUUGCCUGGCGUUUGCCGUUUGACGUAUAACGCGAAACUUAAACUCUCUACUUUGUUUUGAACGCGGUCAAGCAAACUUUUCAGUUUGCCCGUUGUGGACACACUCAGACUCGAGCAUGCAAUAUCACAAACAUAUAUAUCUUCACCUGAGUGCACAAUACCAGAAACAAGAAUUCGAAUUGGGAAAAGUCGCUUCGCGCAAACAAAUUCACCUUGUGGAAAACGGGCUUAAAUCCUUCGCUAUAAACAUCGAAGGUUUCAGUUCAGACAAAAACAAACUUCUACUCCGCUGACGUUUUAUGUAUAUAUGAGCUAACGUAUAUCCGUGCAAAAGGCAACAAGAACAAGAAUGAACACUAUACAUGGGAGGUCUAAAUUUCAAAAUUUUCACGAGGGACGAUCCUCAUAUAUCCCCUUCCAGGAGAGUGGUAUUUUCAAUAUAGCACAUAGCCCCCUUUUUCUCUCAAAAAGCCUCCUACUCAAAAUUCUAUUGGGAGCCCUGGUAAUAUCAAUUUUACACGACCGCAACGUGCAAAGGAAAGUAUACUCCAGAGAAACGACAUAAUGUGGAAAGUUGUUUUGGAGAUUUUGUCUUACUAUUCAAAUAUUUAACAAAGAAUAUAUCGUUUAAGAAUUGUUAUAUAAACUUCUGUGGUAAAAUUCCAAGUAUAUUUGGGGUUAGAAUUUCGAGAGAUAACUAGCAAUUGUCUACGCUAUAGACGGCGAAAAUUGCCGGGUGCCGACUUCUAUAUUGGGAACGCUGCAUUAUACUUGAUAUAGAGCUUGAUAUUAACAAGAUGAAAUUUGCUCCAAAACAAGACACCUAUAAAUAAAAUUAUAAUACUUUAUUAAACUCUUUAUCGCGAACGAACCGUAUGUCGCUGCUAAUUGGCGAAACUCUAUAAGUUUUUAAUGUAAUUUUAAUCUCAUUUACAAUAUUUCAUAAAUCUUCUGUGGUUUAUACCGCUAUCUUCGCAAUUUCAGAAAUAGCGACAAAGUAUUACACUUAUUAAAUAUUAAAUCUAGAAAAUUUCGGAUGAAUAUAGUGAUUUUUAUCACAAACGCGGUCGUGAGAGCGACUUCAUUAAGUAACAGCUUGUUGUUUAUCUUUAAUAUGAAAACAUUGAUAUAAAAGAUAUCAUUUAGAAACUUACUAUGAUAAAGUGUUACGCUAUAUAUAAGUUUAAUUAUAUGCAAUAUGUACUUAAUGAUCACCUGCGUGGCCACGCAAGCUCUGCUCGUGACCACGUAUAUGUACACAACCGAAUUUUACCUCGCGGACAAACUUCACAAAAAUGUUAUGCCCCGCAGUCAAACGAGACAAAUUUUUUUUAAACCAGCUCAAAGUCGAUGAGAGUUGGCGGUCAAACACGAACGAGAAUUGCAAUUCUAAUCAACUCUCAUUAGGAACGCCGGAACUGGGGGGCAGGAGGGGCAGCCGCCCCCGUUGCCCUUUACCAGGAGGGGCAAGGGGGGCAAAGGUGCCUUUUCACUUUAAAGGAUUGCCUUGGCGAAAUAGCGAAUUGUCAGAAAUGUUAGUGAAAUUCCUAGUGAAAUUCCUUGCUUCAGAAAACGCAAGAAAUGCAGUCAUCGAGCUUCAAGAAUAGCACAAUCGCCUGGCGGAGAACCCCCUCGCACCCCUAUCAUCCAAUAAAUAGAAAACAUAUUAGGCGAAGUUCAACUCCCAAUGUUUUGCAAACAUCUCUUAGUAUAUACAAUUCAAAAGUGCCCUUUCACGAAAAUCUGCCUCCCCCCUUGCCUUCACAUCGUUCCGGCGUCCCUGACUCUCAUUCUGGUUUGACCAUUUGUCGCAUUGUCACAGAGUAUAGAUUAUGCAGAGGUCUGACUUGGCAAAAAGUGCGUAUCCAAGCCAGUACGUUAAAGGCUGAUUUCCACUGUUGCGUUUUUCAUACGUACGUAUACGCACGUAAAACUUUAAAUCCGUUUAAAUGUUACUUAUGAAAUAACCAAAUAAAUAAAGCAACAGAAUUUAGUGUUCCGCAAGUUUUAGUAUGCAUUUGUUAACUUAUUUGUAAAAUAUUUAAAAAAUAGAAGGAUUCAAAGUUUUACGUGCGUGUACGCGUGCGUACGAAAAACGCAACAGUGGAAAUCAACCUUAACAAGAGGCACGCAUUCACCCCUGAGCGUCUAAAACUACCCCGCCAUUUUGAAUGUUUUGCCUUUUUGGGAGUUACAACAUAACCUCUCCUUAGCAAACUCAGGGACAUGGCGAGGAUUACGCUGACAUCAAAUGCGCCGACAAGCUAGGAGACGGAUCUCUGUAUUUAUCAGUAUUUUGGAUAUAUCCCACUCCAUUAAAAUAAAUGUCGAAGGGUUUUUCGAAGAUUCGGCCUAACCAAACCAAUUGAACCUCAGUGCAAUAUAUAAAAUAUAUUUGCAUGUUAAAUUUAGGAGUGGAACACAUCGUUAAUGAUUAAGUGACAUUUUGCCAUGUGUUUUGAACAUGCAAUGAAUAUAAAAAUAUUCCAUAUUAAGCAAGGUCAGCGUAUAAGGGGUGUAUAUACGCAAACAGAUUCGUGAUUUGUUUUGUUGGAGUGACCAAGUAAGCCGCCUAACCGGAAACGUUAAACUAUGCCCUAUAAUCAUGUUUAUUUUUCAUUCUUUAGACUGGAAACACUUUAAAUUUGAAAUUCAAAACAUAAAUCCGUAGAUGUGUGUUUUUAAUCCCGACUAUUGACUCACGUCAAGUUAGCUGGCUAACCUAAAGUGACCCGACAAUAAAACAAAUCCCCCACGAAUCAAACAAACCAUUAAAAAACAAUAAAAUUCGGACAUUCUUGCGGCCCGCAAUUCAUCGCGCUAUUUGCCUAAAGAUUGAUGGAUAUAUUUUAACGCCUUAAUUAAAUCAGGCCAUUUGAUGUGAGAGUGUUUAUGAAAGCGUGUUAGCAAACAGUAUGUUACUCUGUAACUAAAUCAGCGUAUAGGUCAUAAAUCAUGUGGUAUCUUGCAAAUGCAUUUUUAGAUUGAAGGCAAAAAGCUACAAUGCCACCUUAAAACGAUGAUAUUUAAGUUUGAACAACUUUGAAAGUCAAACCAGUAGACCACUCCCCCAAGGCAACGAGAGAGCUCGACCCUACACUGUACCUAUACGGGUUUUCUUAUGAGAACGGUAAAAAAUAUGAGAAUCCUUCGAAGACUUUCAUCACAGCGCAAAUUUACUUAAGUCAAAGUUUGAUCAUAACGCUAAUGUCUUACAUGUAAUGACGUCAUAUCAAAUAUGACUGCUUUUUCCAAUCUGCAAAUAUAAGCUGCCGUGCGUGGCUUAUCUCUGAACUACCGUAAAAAGAUUAAAAAAGCUUCGACAUUUGAAGCAAAAGCCGAGGCAAAAGCCCUUCAAUGGCUUCAUUAGGAAGUUAUCGCCGCUAACUUCCUAGCGGUUAACCUUUUGGGGUAGUUCACACCACGUUCAGACACCAUGAACCGCGGCUUUAACCAGCCUAUAUAUGAAGCCUGGUUUACACUAUCAAAGUUUCUGGGAUCACAUGCAGUAGGAAUUCUACAUAGGUAAACUCUAAAGCUGGAGUUAUACGAGCAACAAAAUUGCUGCAACUUGCAACAAAAUCUGAUUUCAACGCAUGUUAAUUGAAAAUGUUUACACAUAAAUGUACAAAUCACAAGGCAACAUGUGUCGACAUAAUUUCUACUUAUUAAUAACAUGCGUUGAAAUCAGAUUUUGUUGCAAGUUGCAGCAAUUUUGACUCAGUGUUAAACACUAAAUCAGCCCCCUCAAACAUUUCUUACAAAUCCUUCAAAACUUUACCCUAUGCUAAAUUCCCGCUGCGAUCACAGAAACGGUUGAUAGUAAAAACCAGCCUCAACGGCUCAAUGCAUGCAAAUUUUGUCCCAUGCAUGCAAAUUUUGUCAGACUUAUAGAUGCUUCAACUUGACCUUGGCGCCUUUUUCUCUACUCUCAAAACGUUUUAACCGUUCUUGAAAGGUAUACAUUUGGCUAAAACAUUAUUAGCAUAUAAGGAAGCCCUUGUCUGGACCAUAUGCCGCCAUGCGAUGCCGGUGUGGCGAUUUUAUCGCAAACUUUAUUAGUUUAUCAACAUUACAAUGUUAUUAAACUCUUCAACACCCGGCUGUCCUUUUCUCAUGGCCGACUAAACGUGUUUCAUUUCGCGUGUAUAUGAUAUUAAUCUGUUAUCAUAUAAUUUGGAUGUUGACUCUGUGUUGACAUAACUUCUUGUCCUGUUUGUUGACGGUGGUAUGCGCUUGCCGACCAAUCACAGAACACAGACAAAUUGCAAUCGAUUUGUACAAACAUUUUGACACAAUGCGUCAUUUUGUGAGACAAUAGAGAACCGUCAACUUGUGGUUACUUAGCAUUUUAUGUAUUGGCAUAAAACAGUUGACAAGUUGAAAGUUUAAACGUUGUUUCAGUAUCUAGUUAUUUCUCGAUGGAGGGCGACCGGAAUGAGUCGCAGUAUAUAACCAUGACUGGUCUCUCUGACCGCAAGCCACCACGCGCACCGAAAUGUGCUAGGUGCCGAAAUCACGGUGUCGUUUCGUGGCUAAAAGGACACAAACGUUACUGCCGAUGGCGCGAUUGUACGUGUGCUCAAUGCACGCUAAUUGCCGAACGACAACGAGUGAUGGCCGCUCAAGUUGCCCUGCGAAGGCAACAGACUCAGGAAGAGAAUCUAAGAGCGAGAUUUCAACAACGUGGAGAAGCAGAAUUAAACCAGUUGGCCAAAUUUGAUGAAAAUCUUCAGGAGGAUUGUUACAGUGGUUCUGUGGAACAGGAAGGUAUAUAUAUAUGUAGGAAUUUAUAGGGUUUUAUAAUACGUUUAACCAUGUUUUUGCAAGUUUCGUUCUGUGACUGUGCACAAUAACAUGUCAACUAUAUGGUGGAUUUCUGGAAGCGUUACAAGUUUUACAGAGCAACAGAUUAUUUAUGUGCACUUUAGAAAUGUUGUUAUAGAGGCGCUAGAAAAUUAAGUUAGCUACAUUUGUGAUUUGUCAAGUCAAGAUAACAUUUCAUAUUUUCUUACUCCGAUAACUUCCGUAGGCCACCUUACUAUAGUAGGCCACCUAUUAUUAGUAAAUGUAAAUUCCAUAGCCACCUAUACUAUAGUAUGUUAUGCGGAACUGAUUGUGAAAAUACAUUAAUAAAGCCUCAUAAUAGUUUUAAAACUAGAGCAUGGAUUUAUUGUUUCUAAUAAAAUUGUCUGGAGUUAGCGUAAAUUGCUGUCGAGUCUGUGGGGUAAAAUUUAAGCAUUUUUAGUAACUCGUGCUCGUCACUCGAGACCCGAAAUGGAGCGAAUACUUAUACUGAAAUCAAAACUUAAUUGCGGAAUGUCCCAAUCAGGAAUUGAUAUUUUUAUAAUAUUACGUCUCGUUUAAUAAAUAAACAGUUGACGUAGAAUGGUAGAUACUUGCUUUAGCAUUAUUAAGACAUAUAGAUUGUUUACUCGAAUUUUAUAUUCUAAUAUUCAGUAAAUGCUUGGGAACUUCACUUGUGAGGCAAAUUUUUGUUGCCACUUAAAUGUAACCUAAUUUAUGUGCUUUUAUGAUGUACAAUAAAGUACUUAAUGGUAUAUUCUUUACAUUUACUAAUAAUUGGAGUCUUCAAGUCUAUAACAUUGUGUCGGAAUUUUUGACAAAGACAGACAGGCAGAAUAUAGUCAAGCAAGUGACUAAUAAGUAGUUGAUACUAACAAUAUGUAAACAAAACGAUUCAAUGACAAUGGGAACCAUACGAAUACCAUUUAGUGUACAGCUGGAGCAGCACAGCUCCUUAAGGCCUGAUUCCACGGGCGCUUUUUCUCGGCGAAAUGCGAAAUAUUUCGCCUGUUUCUUUUGAAUUGCGACCACUCGAAUAAAUUAUUUCUACUUGAUUGCCCACAUUUCAAAAGAAACAGGCGAAAUAUUUCGCAUUUCGCCGAGAAAAAGCGCCCGUGGAAUCAGGCUUUUACUCCUUAAAGAAGCCAUUUUGUUUAAUGAGCCUGCGAAGGCAAUAUUAUUUGUACGACUAUAUUCUUGCUUACAUGUAAAAGUUUAAAGUAAUCUACUUUGCCGAAAAAAUGAUGAUUUUUGCUUGUUCCUAUUUUAUUUUAGUAUUUUGUCUAUUUAAAAUAGUUUUCUUGCAUGUUUCUUUGUUGCGAAGAACAAAAACAAUAUUGAUAACCACUUUUUAAUACUGUAAUUAACGUUGGUGCUUAAUUAUGUGUAACUGCACGUUUUCUGGUCAAAAGACAAAAUAGCGGAAAUUUACUCGAAACCGCAGAGUUUAUAUGUCAAUCAGUUCUUGGCUCAAAAUAUUCCCGUAGCGGAAUACACAUUGCACCUAUCUAAUAUUCAAAAUCAAUCAUUUGAAGCGGGCAAACUUCCGAACUGAAACGCUUAAUUAUAACCACUUUACCGCUCAUUUGAAUUUGAAUGAAAACCCUCAACUCACACAAGUGGUGUGUAUCAAAUCUUGAAUAUUAAGUUUCUUAAGUCGCCAAACAAUUCCGGUCCGAAACGUGUUAUGCCAAGAGCAGGAACUUCGCCUACGUUUCGACCCCCACGUGGGAUGCACUCGCGUCCUCUCCGACUUCGUGUUUAUACUGUCUUUCGAUUUCGCUUUUCGUUUCACACGGGUGAAAUUUUACGAAUUUUUGGAGAACAACUACAGGCAGGUUUACACUAUCAAAGUUUUUGUGAUCACAGUAGGAAUUUUGCGUAUAGGGUACUCGGUAUUUAACAUUGCGUCCGUUCCCCCAAAUAUUUCUUAUCAAUUCUUCAAAACUUUGCAAAAUUCCUACUGUGAUCACAGAAACUUUGAAAGUAUAAACUAGCUUUAAUUAUUCGUGCGAAUACAUGCUUCCAGAAAGGAUACGUCAUCUUGACCAUGGUGCCUCGUUUUCGUCAUUGACACGCCAUGCUAAUCAGUUUCGCCAUACGAAAAUGGCAUCAACUAUUUCGCUGACCUCAGAAUGACAUUUCGUCAUAACUUUUUUUCUUCAAGAUUGGUUUAGAAACCAAUUUGGAGUAGGGUUAGGUUAGGGUUAGGAUUGGAUUAAAGGUUAGGGUUAGAGUUGGUGUUUGGAGUAGGGUUAUAUAUAGUGUUAGUAAAACCGUUGCUUUGUUACGUUUUGUCACUUUGAGGCCAGCGAAAUAAUCUCUUCCUACGAAAAUGAGGCUCUAUAUAGCCAAUUACAGUAACAUACAUUCCGGAAGGGUGUAUGUGUUCCUCAGGGUCCCAAAAUCCCGCUCUGUCAGGUCUGAAGCAAUCCAGAAUAACAGUAUAGACGAAACUUACCAAUAUAGUAAAAGCCAUUGAUAGAACCCCGCUCGAACACCCGUGCAAGGGAAACGAAAAAGUUCAAGAUCACGGGGUUCUGCAAGGUUCUGUAUGUCCCAUAAUAUGUCUUAUUAUAUAUAGUAGAGAGUGAGAUACUGAAAAAUACACAGUGAGAUAUUUUUCAUAUCUUCACUAGUGAAGAUAUCGAUCACGUAACUUUUUCCAAUUUGCUUCUGAGCGUGAAAUUUCACAAUUUGUCACAAAACAGUGUCUUGAAGGUAUGACUUUUAUUUCACUCGAAGAUAAAAGUCAUCUUCGCGCGGCCGUGUAAUAUCCUCUAUCUAUUUCUUUUAAUAAUCUCGAAAUCUCAAUCCGUCUAGCUAUGUCUUUUAUGUCUUUUAAACCUCUCUAUUUAAUUAUAUAGAUUUCACUGACGCAACUAGCAUUUGUACCAACAAUGACGACGACGUUGAAGACGGAAAAUCGGAAGACCAAGAAAGCACCGACGAUUCACCGACGGAUGACGUAGAGCUUGAUAAGAAACAGUCAAUCACAAGAUGGCUUGACACAUCGGAGAAUUCUGACGAGCCCGAAACUUUCACGAAGGCCCGACGAAGCGAAGCGACUGUAAAUAAGGACAGCGCGGGAAAAUGUCAAGAGUCGAACUCCUCGUUUGAAAUUUUACAAAGAAUAUUUCCUCAACACAGUUUACCUAUACUGGAGAUGAUUUUGAAAGCUUAUGACAAUGAUUUAGUUCGCGCAACCGAAUCACUGAUGCUUGAGAAUGGCAUGCUCCGAUUUCCGACCCCUCCGAUAAGCCCUGAAGAUCCGUCGACGUCUUCCGUUUUUGUGACGAACGAUUCCGAGCAAAGCCCGAACGAUACCCGACUAUCAGCGUUUUCACCAGUCUCGACCAAAAUAGUCCCCUAUUCACCCCCAGUUUUGCCAUCUACCCUUCCAUCACCUGUAAUACCACCAUUUACCCCACCGGCGUUUCCUUCCCGCUCAAUGUUCAGGCCCUACAUGCUCCCCCGGCGAAAUCACAUAGGCCUGCCAUUUCACCCGUAUAUGAGACCCCACACCGGGGGGUUAAUGCUUCAUUCUUCAAACGGACAUGAGACAAGGUCUUGUAGUCGUUGUUCAACUUGGAUUUUGCCCUCAGACAGGUUUUGUAGUCAUUGUGGAAAAUCAGCUUAAUUUAUAUGGGUUUAUUUUGGUGUACUUUGAAAAUUGGGUUGUUUUGUGAAAUAGACUGUUGAAAGUACAGUAAAACUAUUGCAUUCAAUAUUUUUGAAAUACUGCUACUUCCGCGAGAAGGACAACUUUUGUUAACACUUGUCAGGCACAAAAUUCAAUGAGCUCCUUUGCAUAACACUUCAAAUAACAACAGUCCCAUCAUUGACAGUGAUUCGAUGACCACACUGGUCAAAUUGCACUGUUCUCCAUGCCAUCCAGUCACUUAUGUUUUGACAUAUUUGUGAUGUCAUGCAAAGGGUCUAUUGCCAGUGUUGAAUAUUAAAGUUGUCCUCUCUCGUAGACGCCGAAGGUCAACAUCGUACCCAGGGCCUUUUGCGGUUCAGAAACCAUACCAGAGCCUCUGAACCGUGCAAAGGCCCUGGGCACAGAAUACUAUAUAGAAGUCCAUCUCCAUUGUUUUUUGGGUAAUCGCUAUUCGUCAUGUAUUCGUUAUGAUUCGUCACUCAGCAAGUGCCCUAAACAGAAGCAGUCACCCCCCUGGAAGUGUGCCAUUUUGAAUAUUUCCAGGGGGUGACUGCUGCUGUUUACAAUACUUGCUGAGUGACAAAUCAUGACGAAUAGCGCUUACACAAAAGCAAUGGAGAUGGACUUCAUCCUCGAACCCAGGGUCUUUGAUGGACUUCUGUAUAGUAUUCUGUGUCCUGAGUUUGAGGUUGGCCGAGGGUUUGAGGUUGUGGGUGUUAAAUUUCAAAGUUCAUCAGGACACAAAGUGAACAAUUAAUAGCGUAUAGAUUAUUUAGUUUUGUCCAAAGUUAAAGUUAAAUAGUUGGUACCGGUGUUAGAGAAAAAAUAGAAAUUAGAGAAAAAUUGGUGUUUUUGAUGAUAAAUGUAUGGAAUUAUAGUAUGUACUGAUCAGAUUUUGGAUAAAAUAUCCAUUAUAGUUUUUCUUGGUUGCGAGCGUUAUUAAAAGAGUCUGUAAAUUAAAA